AGAGAGUUCUGCUCUACGCCAUCUGCUGUCCAUUUCAAUCGCCAAUUUGUCCCAUAGAAUUGAAAGGUUAAUAAAAUAAAAUCACGGCGGCCAAGACAGUUCCCUGAAAAUACCAUCUGUAGAGAUUAAACCAGUUCUGAGAGUUGUAAGCAAAAGUAAUAAUUAAAUACAAGGCUUGUCGCUGUAACCACCCGGACCAAUCAAACCAAAACUUGACGAAUUUUGAUCUUGUCAAUUGAGUGCAUUUUCAUUUUAGUGUUAAAUUUUAUAUUUUCAAAUAAAUAUGAAUGAUUUCUUCAAUUACUUCAGUAGGUUAUCUAAACCAGUUAUUAUAGCUGGUGGCUGCUCUGUCAUGGGUUUUUCAGCUUUCGCUAUUUAUUCGUACUUCAAACACAAGCGUAGAAUGAUGAUAGACGAAGGAUUCGUAGACCAAAAUGUGGUUGAUGAGUCAAUAAAUAAGGUUUUAGUUCUUGGAUUAGAAGGUUCUGGUAAAAGUACAUUUUUGUCACAUUUGGCUAAAAUUGAUGGCAACAUAUAUGAACCAGAUAAUACCAAAGAAUUUAAUGUUCUGUCUGUUGUUUGCCAUCCUCAUAAAUCUUUGAAUUUUUGGGAGAUUGGUGGCUCCAAAAGUCAUCGUGUUUAUUGGUCAAAUUUUGUUCAAGAUACUGAUUUGUUGGUUUAUGUUGUGGAUGCAGCUGAUGAACACAAACUUGCUGAAUCUGUGAAGGAACUUCAUAUCUUGAUUGCCUGUGAUAAAUUGAAAAAUGUGCCAAUUUUUAUUUUGGCUAAUAAACAGGAUUUAAAGAAUGCAUUCUCUCCCAUGGAUAUUGCUGAUGCAUUUGAAGUUCCUGAGCUGACUAAGUAUUACAAAAUUGCUGUCCAUCCUCUAGAAAUGCCUCCAGAUGCACAACCUCGCAAUGAAAGUGUAAUGUUCAUUAAAAAUGUUAUAUCUUAUUGGCUUUCUAUGUUAAAGUGAUUUGUAGUCUUUGUUGAAACAUUCUUGUAAAUAUUUCAUCUUAAGAUUUCAUUUCAACUGUAUUUAAUUUGAUUAUAUAUGUGAAUGUGUCUGAAUUUUUUGUUUAAACAAUGUUGUAUACAAUUAACAAAAAGGAAAAAUAUCAAGUAUAACUUAUGAUACAGUUAAUAUAUUGUAAUGUACGGUAUCUAAAUAGCAGCUUCUAUAAUUUCUAAAGCAUACCUAAUAUAUUUGUAAAUUAGCUCUAAUUAUUACAAACUUGGAACAUUUGAUAAAGGAAUUUCUGGAAUAAACAUACUUAAAUUUUUAAAGUUUGAACUACAAUGCCUAAAGAAUGAUGGUUUAAACUUUUAAAAUAUUUAAGAUAUAGCUUUGGAAAAAUAAUAAUUUCUAAAUACAUUUUAUUCUUUCUUUUAAUUAAAUUUUAUAUAAUUUCUCUAUCUCUGACAUACUGCUGAUUUCAUUGAAUCUUAAGGCUUGUCUUUAAAAAAUUUAAGAUUAAAAUUUUCUUUUAAGUUUUACUCAGUACAAUUAAAAUAAUUUUAUGAUUUAGGAAUUUAAAAGAAAUAGUUCUCUUAUUAAUGUAUCAUGAGCUAUAAGGUUAAUUAACCACUUUUUUAAUAACUAUAAGAGCAAUUUUUAUAAAAAUUUAGUAUGUUUUUCAAUUUGAGAUGUAUCUUGGAUAAAAAAAGUAAAUUUUUUAGGAGGCAUUUUAAUAUUCAAAUAGGUAUAUUUGAAUAUUAAAAUGCCUUUGAACAAGUUGACUAAUGAGAAAAUUGUGCUAAAUAUAUUAUUAUUUAGCUUAAUUUGUUCAUCCAAGAUUAGCUUAUCAAAUCUUAAUUCAACUUACUCCAUAAAAAAUCAGGUCAUUAGAUUGAAAGUUAUAAGUAUUGAUCCUUCUAUUUUUGUAUACUCUAUUUGACUUCUUUUUUUAUUUGCAAAACUUUGGUGUCUUUCAUUUUAUUCUUUUGAAACAGCUUCAUUAUAAAGCAUGUCUUUCUUUCACCAUGUUGCCAUUUAUGUUUUCUAAAUCUUAAAUUGCUCUAGUCUUUAAUAAAAAAUAUAACUAUUAAAAAAAUAUUGAUUUUUUUUAAAGAUUUACAAAUAUUUGUACAUAAUAGUUGUUUUUUAUUAAAGUUAUCAGUUGAAGCAAUUUCAUUUAAUGAACCUUUAGUAUUAUUUUUAGAACUUUAAAGCAGUACUAUGAACAAUUACAUUUAUAAAAAAUUACACACAGCUCUCAGUACUAAUUCUCUUAAUUUAUUUUUAAAUUUACUCUAGUUACAGUUUUAAGUACUUUGAUUUGUCUUUUGGUAAUUUUACCAAUGUUUUCAGCUGCCUUGUGCUUUUAAGCCCCACAUAAAAUUUAAUUCAAAAUUCUAUGCUUUUUUUUCAAACUAGUAAAAAUAUAAAAUUUAUUUACCUGUGUAAUUAAAAUCAUUUUUUAUUGUUUAGUGACAACUUUAAACACUUUUUCUUUAUAACAUUUGUGAAAAAUUAUUUUUGAAAUUGUUUUGAUUAAUUUCUUUUGAAAUUUCUUUUUUCAAGCUCUAAAAAGGUGACAAAAUACUGCAUUGUUCGUAUUUUACCUUAAAAAAGACUAGCUCUGCCUAACCUAAUUCUUUCACAUUUACUGAUCUUUGCAGAUUUAGUUUAUUAUCAUAGCAUUGGUUGUUACAUUAUAUUGGUGUAAUUAUUAGAUAAUAUUUAUUUAAAUUUUCUUACACCACUAAAAUAUGUAGAUGAUGCACAUUUUCCUCCACCUAUUUAUUCUUUGAGAUGGAUAAAUACUGAGUAUUGCUAUUAUAUGUAAUUUAUAUUAAAAUUAUCUGCUUAAUAUUCUGUUUUAUGCUAAUACUACAUAUAAAGUAAUUUAGCAUGCAUGAUAUUGGUGCAAACUCCUGAAUUUUUAUUCUAGAAUGUUCCGAAAUUUCAAAACUGUCUUCCAAACUUCAAAAAAAGAAUAUAUAUAUAUAUANAUAUAUAUAUAUCCUUAGAUUUUAUACAAAAAUUAAUAAAUGAAAAUUUCCUCCCAAAAGUUGUUUCCAUUAGGAAAAGGCUUUUUUUUGUUAAAUUUUUUUCAGUUGCAAUAUGUCCCCCCCCUGCCUCCAAAAAAAUAUUUUUUUCAUUGUGUUAACAAAGCAUUUCUGAAAGUGUUACUUCUGUUUAAUAUUGAGAAUUUUUUUUGAUAAGCCCUAUAUGUUCUAGAAAUUAUUUGCAUAAAUAUAGUUUUAACAUAUGCAUUAAAAUUUCCCAUUUCUAGUCUAAAAAUGUUGAUUAUUUUAUCUAAGUAAUUUGUUAGGAAGCAUAUACACAUACUCUCUCAUAUUAAGAUAAUCCUUUACUCUAAAAUGUUAUUGGUAAAAUUCUUUUAUACUUCGUUAAUAACUUUUUAAAAAUCGUUUAUAACUAAUUAAUGCAAUAAUAAUAAACAUGUCAUGUGCAAUAAUGAACAACGCAUAAUAAAGUCAGAAACAAUCUUUAAAGCACAAAUAAUAUACGAAAAUGAUAAUAAGUGAUUUUUAAUUAUAUUAAUUGUGCUUCAAUCAUUGUUUUGUAGUUUAAAAUAUUGCAAUACAAAGGUAACUUUUAUUUCUUUGUUGUACCACAUACUAGUUAUUAUUACCUGUAAUGUUAUAUAUACUAUUAAUAAUUUGUGAGGUAAUACCAUUAUUGCUCUUUAUUGUUAUAAUGUUUAGUUCAUAAAAAUGUUUGUUAAAAUUUUUUUUGUUCCUACCACGGUUGCAAUUAUUUCAGAUUUAGCAAACCAUAUAUUAAAACAAUAUUUCAUUUACCAUUAAAACAAUAACUGUACAGCUGAAAAAUCUGUACAGUUGAAAAAGGUGCAUGUGAAACUUGGUUUGAAAUCUUUUUUAAUUUUAGAAUUAUUCAUUUUAAAAUAAUUAAAUUUGUAUAUCAUUUGUAUAUCAGCUGAAAAAUCUGUACAGUUGAAAAAGGUGCAUGUGAAACUUGGUUUGAAAUCUUUUUUAAUUUUAGAAUUAUUCAUUUUAAAAUAAUUAAAUUUGUAUAUCAUUCCGCUUGGCUGAUGAAAUAAAGCUGUUAAUGGUUAAGUAUUUCAGGAAAAUACACAUAAAUCCAGAUUAUAAUAUUCAUAGUUAUACACAUGUGACUAACAACUUAAUUUAUGCUAAAUUUAUGUUCUUUUUAAUUUCAAAUUAAAUAACAUCUGUAAGAUAAUUAAAAGAAUUUCAUUUAAGUUGGAUCAUUGUUGUAUUUGUGUUAAUUACAUAAAAAAUUUCAAUGUUUUUACUCUUGAGUAAUUUUUCUAUCUAUAUUUAAAAAUGUAUAAAUGUAGAUUGAUUUGCACGAUAAAAAUAUUUUACCCUUCUAGUACUAUUAAAGAAAAGGCAUAUUUCUGAGAGUAUGUUUCCUCUUUAUAAAGUUUUCUCUUUUGAAAAAAGUAAUUGAGAAACUGGUUUCUUCUAUUGUUACAUGUAUGCCAGAACACAGAAGUCUAAGUGCAGAGAACUACCAGGCAAUUAAAAAGUGUUAUUUGAGUUGGAAGUUUGAUUGAACUCCCUAUUCAGAUAGAAAUAGAUUUUCCAUCUUUGUAGACUCUAACAAAAUUUAAAAUUUAAUUAUUUACAAAUGUCACCAAAACUUUAUAUUCUAUGUAAAGCAGCAUUAAGGAAUUGUUAUUUGUGAAAAGUUGUACUGUUUAUUAAAUAGAUAUUUUUGUCUUUUAUGACAAAACACGUAAGUUGGUUAUAUCUAUAUGUUUCUUAACUUAAAUUAUUCUAUUUUCACACAUGUUAAUGUUAACUAAAGAUAAGAGUUUAUAAUAAAAAAAGAAACAAAAAUUUUCAAUAUUUUUUUAUUGGCGGAAAUAAUUCUUUAUGCUUGAAAUAUUUUAUCCAAUUUAUUGCACAAACUUAUGCCUAAAUCCAUUGUGUAUUUCAUCUGCUUGUUAGUAUUUUCAUCUGUUUGUUAUAAGUAUUAGAUUGUUUUGUAGAGACAGAAUAACUAAAAGAGUGAUAAUGAGCGAUAAUUUUUUUACAUGAAUGUCUAAGAUAUUACUUAAAAUUUACAUCAAUUGGAUGUGAGCACAACUAAAAAUCAAAACCUAUUGAAUCAUGUGUCAAAACUGUGAUAAAGAGAAAAUUGUUUCUUAUACACACAUAUAGAUAAAACACAUUUGAUGUAGUUUACUUGAAAGCAAGAGGAUUUUGCCUCUAUUAAUUUGUGAAAAUUUUGUAUUUAGAAAUAACAGGAUUGUAGUUUAGUAGGCAAUAAACAUUUUUAGCCCUUCAUAUAUUUUUAAAACUGUUUUGUUAUACUUCACUUAACUUCAUCUGAAUAUGUCUAUGCACUCUAUCU